UGCGGACGAUGUGGAUGUGGUGGCGUGGCUGUGCAACCAGAUGGACCCGACGUCGGUGUUCACGAGGUCAGCGCUGCCAUUUGGUCAGGGCGUGCUUUUAUCUCUGGUGCAACAGUUGGGCGUGGAGAUCGAGAAGGACACGAAGAGCAAGCUGAAAUGGAUACAGGAGGCAGUGCUGUGUCUGGAUCCGAAGGAUCCGACAGUGGCGGGCCACGUCCGGGUGAUCUUGGAGCAGGUGCUGUCGAACCUGCAGCGGCAGGCGAACGUCGCAGGACCCGGGGAUUUAGCGAUCCAGAUGCGGUUGGUGACGCAUGUGGUGAACUCGAUGCUGACGACUUGCAAGUGAGAACGGGGGUGAAGUGGGUGGCGAAGCGGGAUAUAGGGCGAAGAGGAUGCGGCGAGGGCAGUCGCGGCGCCAAGCAGCACUUUUGGGGGGGGGGGCUCCGGCAGACGGAGGCGUUGGGUUCGGGUGGAGAUGGGAGGCGAAGUGGUGGGACGCGAAGGAGAUGGGAGAGGAGGGAGAGGGGAUCGGUCUCCUGGAAGGGAGGAUGAUUGUGAAGGAGGUAUAGUAGCGUGAGUGUUAGGAGGGGGGAGGGGGAAGUGGCGUACCGUUUUCACGGCGAGUUGAGUGUAAAGAGAAACGUACAAAUGUGGAGGCAGUUGUGUGGUUCACGUGAGAUGGUGGUACGUGGGCAAGUAGGAGUUGCAGUAGGUGGGACGAUGUUUUGAGCGACUCUGGUAUAAAAUAGUUGUGGGGUGGCGUUACGCCGAGAAUUAUGAUUGCAUUGGUAUGCGUGCAUUUGCGUGGUGGUUGGUGUGGCGGGGGUGAUGCUGUUGUGGACUUGUGGGGGGGGGGGUGUGUCGGCGGAUGCGGGUGUGGUGUGUGGUUCGAUCUGCGGAAGUCGUGGAGGGUCUGUGAGGGAUGUUGUGCAUGGGCAGCGGGUGGGUGGUUGGAUGCUGGGGUGUCGCGUAUUGACGAGGCGGGUAGCAGUCGUGUGAGUGUCCCGCGUGUGCGCGUUGAAUGCGGCACGAGUGGGCAGCUCGUCGAGGCGUGCGUCGAAGCCCGCGCGAUCGGAGAGCGGCGACGAUCCGGUUGUAUGCGAGAGAGGUAAGGGUGCGGAAACGUGGAUCGAAACCGGUGACAGCGAGGGCUGCAGCGCGGCCCCGGGCACAAACGCAAUGCGCUGAAACGUGAGGUGGGGAGCAGGACUGCACAAGGCCACCGGUUGAGAUCGUCCUGGUGGCGGAAUGGGAAUUAGAACCGGACGUGCACGGCACAAGUAUCGUCGUGUCCGCCCUGGCUUGGAACCGAGAAUGUUGGAGAUAGAGCAGGAAGUGUUGCCGUAGUGAAAUCGUGAACGAUCGAUUGCACGACUCCGGACGGCACGCUUGAUCGUGCCGCACCCCGACUUCAGUGACUGACGUCGGUGACAUGCGUGUGACGAUGGUUCCUGUCACCGGAAGCUGGAACCCAGGCUGUGCAUGCGAUGAGCAGGAUCGAUAAUCGGGACAGGAUGAAGCUGUUAAUGGAGCGACGUGAAGCGUAUUCAAAUUUUGUCGACGGGAAUAAUCGGAUCACAUUGGCAUCGAUUGCCUCGGGUCAAUGUCGACAGCAACAACUUGGGGGGACCCUAUUCCUGCCGUGUGCACUGCUCAGGUUGAGCGACGCAGUCCGUCGCAAGGACGCACCUUGGGUCAACAGAAGGGUAGAGGAUCAUGGGGUCUUGCAGGUUUCAGCAGUGGAGUCUCGUUGACCACCACAGCCGCGGUCACGACCUUCGCCAGGUUAAGCGCAUCGAGGUGCACGUUCACCAUCCCCGGAUCUUCCUGUACAGUAAACCCUGGACGCUGGUGUGGAGCAAGCAUUUUGCAGGCUGAGAUGCACCUGCAGGGGACUUCACAGCGGCGCCGUUGACGCAGUGAUAGGCGGGGAGAGUCGGGCUGAAUAGCCUCGGCAGCACCAGUGUGUCCGCCGUAACCGUCAGCGAGAGGUCGGGUUUGUCAUCCACGUCCGCCACGGGGUCGCGACUCGUGCCGGGAGUGACAACCCAGGACGUGGAGAAGUAGCUCACAGGUGCGUUGCAGGCAGCACAGCAGGCCUUGGACACGAGUCACGAGCACGGGACAGGAAGGCGUCCGAAACCGGGUAAUGGAGGCGUUUUGAUGAGGAGUGGUGCCAAUGCAGCGCGUACGUUCUGGGAGCCGAGCAUGGACAAUGAGAACGUUAGACAUCUAGCGUGGAGGGGAUGGUGUUGAUUUAGGAGAACGCUAUUUGUUCUAUAACCUCCGCAACUAUUGUGCGUUCGUGGCUUGACUGUUGCUCUGGCUACCACGUUGGACUGCCGCUGUGACUUGCGUUUUCAUCCUCAUCCCUCGUGCUUGAACUCCCGUGCGCUUGGAACCCUGGUUGUGUCCCUACAAUUAGUCGACUGAGACGGUGCCGCGGCAUGUCAUCCCUCAGCCAUGCCUACUGAAUGUGUGAUAAUCCAAGAUCCCCUUCGGUGUUCUCUCAUCUUGUGUCACCUUAGUGGGGUUGGGGGUUAAGGGUUUUUGUCUCAAAUGGUUCCAAUUGUAUGGGAUUUGGACUUUAAAUAGGACAGCAAUCUUUUGUUUCA